AGAGUGGAGCAGCUGACCAAUCAGUGUGAAGACGUCAUCAAACUGCUGCAGAAAACCAUCAACAUCCUGCAGACCACACCUCUACCUGCUGCAGCCCAGGAUGCCGAGCAGCUGCUGUCCAGAUACCAGGCGUUGAUGCGCAGCAUCCUUGAAGACAGCCGGUUGGUGCAGCUGCAGCAGGAGGGCGGGGCCUCGCUGUCACGGCUCCGCAGGGAGGAGAGCAACGUUGGCGUGACGGCAGAUCAGCGGGCGGCGGUGGAGACGGUGUCGUCUCUGUAUGACGAGGUGGACGAGCUGCUGCACCGCCUGGUGACUCUGUCCAACUCCAGGACGCAACAGCUCAACUUCAUCCUGAACUUCAGCAGCAUGGAGACGGGUUUCAGUGAGGUCAGUCUGAGCACGCUCAGUACACACACCUGACUGACAGCUGUCACUGUGAUACCAGUGUGAUGCUCACUCAUUGGAGGGAAACUGUGACAUCACAGAGACAAAGUGUCUUCAGAUGUUCAUCAGACUGUAGAAACAAACAGGACUGUGAUGUCACAAAACUGCUCCUACAACUCCCACAAUUCACUGCUGCUGUUUUAUCAGUUAGACAUGAUGAGACGUCGAGCUGUCCUACAGUGUGUGUCCCCCACAGU